GUCAUGGGAAAAGAGAUGGCCGCCCUUGUUAGGUCUUCUCCUCUCCUUCCAAUGCCGAUCUUCCAAUGCCGAUCUUCCCGCACCCUCUCCCUCCCAUCCCAGAUCAGCGCCCCGCGCGCUCUUCGCCCCCUUCUCUGCGUAUAGGCCUCGAUCCCCAGCACAAUCGCCAUCUCCAUGCCUAUCUUGGUGACCCUGCUGCACCGCCCGUGGAGACCGACCGGGCUGCCAAGCCUGUGGUGACCACACCGUCCCCUGCGGAUCUGACGCCCACCCGCAGCAAGCAAGGAAAUGGCGGUGCCGGCGUCGCCCGUCGCCGACGGUGAGGCUGCGGAGGCAAAAGUUGGAGUCGCUCCUGCAGACGCUCGACGGGCUGGGCGACGCCGAUCUCGUCUCAAUUCCCGACGUAGCCAUCGACUCCGAGGUGCAUACAAGGACAACGAGGGCGGUGACGACGACGGCGAUACGACAGCUUCAACGGCAAGUGAUUUGGACCGUGCGGCAAACCAGUUUCUUAAAGGAGAUAAUGCAAGUGGUAAAACAAAUGGCAUCAAGUUCAAUCACGGAAAAGAAAUCAAAUGGCCAUAGUUUUUUCUUGACAGGUGAAGCGUCUUUGAAUAAAUUUAAAAACUGCAGAGACAUACCCUGGCUGUCGGCAGCUCUUGUGUGUUAUGGGGGGCCUGGAGGGGAACAAUGGGACUUGUCCGAACAAUGCCGCCUCAGCGCCGGUUGGAGGAGAUAUCUGGCGUGACAAUGGCGACGAUGGGUUGGCCGGCCAGCCGAUCGUGGCUCAUGCAGAUGUAGGCAACCGCAUCGGCGGACACGGGCGAAUGGCAAAGGCACAUGACGCAGCCGCUACCUUCCCUCCUUGGUGUCGGGAUGGUCGCCAGCUGCAUGCUUGGCCCAGAGGCGGAGCUCCUCCGCCCGAUUCCGCGUCGAGCCUGUGCUGCCGCUGGUUUGUGCUGUCGUGCUGGCUAGUGCUGGAUGAGAUAUUUUUUUAGCACUUAGUGUUGGAUUGUUUUUUUUUCGAGGGCUGCACAUUGUGCUGGAUGAGAUGGAUCAGCCAAACUGUGGGUGCUAUUAGAUGAUAAAAAUAAUAACCUUGACUGUCAGGUGCGGGUGCAGGUGUUACAAGGAAAAUCAUGGGAUAUCGUUCCAGAGGGAUUUUCAGAGAAAUCCGUGAAUUUGCCCGCCUCAAUUUAGGAGCUUUUCUUUCUCCUUUGCCCCACGGGCUUGUAAUAAGCUAGCUCAUGCAUUGGCUGUAUUUUGGUGCUCGCUGUAUUGUCUGGUCUGAGGACCUUCCUGACGAUGUGAAAAGUUGUCUCCAUGACGUUUUUGCAGAAAACCCCUUCCCAAACUUCCGACACAACCUGCGCUCCUCGUUGUCUUCAAUCGACGCUUUGACACAGACGCAUGGACGCCGGAGCUUCCCUGCUCGGAUUCGUCGCGCUGCUUCCCUGCUCUCCCGCGUCGUAGCUCCCUUAGCUUCGCCGCGCUGCUCUCCCGCGCGUCCUCCUCCGUUGCUCCCUCUUGCCUUGCGCAGCUCCCCUGCCUCCCAAAUCUUCCCUCUUUCACACCCAAAAUCGUUUCUUCUUCCUCCUGCUUGCGUGCGGCGACGACACGUCCUCCUCGUUGCCCCCGACGCCGGAGGAGGCACGGGGCAAGCAGCAGCGGAGGAGAAAGGGGAUUCCGUUCGCCGCCAAGGCGCCCUGGGCAUGCUCCUCGAGUCCCUGCUCCUCGGGCCCCUCAUCACCUCCCUCCUCAAGAAGCAGAACAACAUGACGCAGGGACCAGGGCCAGGAAUUAAAAAACAAACAAAAGCAGGGGCCAGGAUUACUAGGAUAGUGGUUCAUCCUGCUUGUCUGAUCUGUGGAGGAGACCAAGGGCAUCAACCUCCCCAACUUGAAUUUGUGUUGUUGUUACUUGACAUGUUUGUGUUCCUCAUUUGGAGUCAGGCUGUGGCAUGGGACACCUAUCCUUGUGGUCAUCAGCAUCCUGGCAUACUUCUGCUUCUUGGAGCAAUUGCUGGUUGCGCAUAACGGCUUCGCCGCCCUGGCGAUUUCGCUGCCCUUCUCAUGCAUCCUAGGCCUCUUCUCAUCACUGACCACAACAAGCAUGGGGGCGAGGAUAUGUGGAUCUUCGCGGCGAUCCAGUUCCUCUUCGUCGUGUUCUUCACAACUCUGUUCUACAGAUAUCUGCAUCUGCAGGCUGUGAUUUCCAUCAUCCUGGCAACCUUACCAUGACACUACUAUUAUUGGACCAUUACACUCAUCUCUACCUGGAGAACAAAUUCCUUAGUGCAAGUUACUGAUUGAAUUUACACUCAUCUGCAGAGCGUGUAGAAAAAUUGAUUGUAUUUUGAUGACUGAAUUUAAAAUCACUACUUGGAGUACACACUGACUGAAUUUAACACUGCAAUUGAUUAUCCUGUGAUCCAUGGACAUUGCAAUUGUGCAUUAUCCUGGAUACAGAACAUG